AUGCCCCUCACGACAUACCACUACACCUGCGGCCACACCCGCCGCAUCCAAGGCCGCGAAUGCCGUUGCGUCUACACCCAGCUCAUGCGCAUCAACGACACAAACUAUUUCUCCGACUCUCACAAAGGCUACGCGCCUUUCGACUACUCAAAUUGCCACCACAACAAGAGCGUCUACAGAACUUAUGAUUGCCGGGAUUGCAGACAUUACAGGGAGAGACUGGCGGCGAUGGUGAGGGUUGGGGAGAGGCCCGCUUUUUGGGAUCGGUAUAGGGGUGGGAGUUGGUGGUAUUUGAGGGGGCGGUGA